CUGCCGGCAGUCUCGCUCCAUCAGCCUCGGGCGGAGGAGGAGCGGGACCGGAGGCGCCCUGGCACCGAGAGCUGGGUCUCCCUCCUCCUCCUCCUCCUCCUCCUGGCGCAGCUGCUGGCACCCGGGAAGAGUGGGAGGGACGGCCGCUUCCCCUGGCGCCCGCCAGGCUCCUGUCGGAAGCCACAUCUGGGAUCCAGGAGACGCGACGCCGCGGCUUUCCCUCGGGCUAUUCUGAAAGCGCCGCGCGCUCUCCCCUUGCCCGAACCUCUGGCUGGCUCGCCCGCCCGCUCGCUCGCUCCCUGGACGGCGGAGGCGGCUGGUGGCGCCCGCGCGAUGCAACUCCUCCGCGGCUUCCUGAUGGCUCUUGCCCUGCGGACGGCGGGCGCGCAGAGGCAAGACAUGACUCCUCAGAACAGCACUGCUGAAGCAGCAACCUUCAUGUCCUUUCCUGACGUUUGGAAUCGCAGCUUCUGCCAGCCCUUGGAAAAAUUGGUUAGCAUUGUGUCCGAAUAUCCCAGUGAAGUUGAGCAUAUGUUCAGCCCUUCCUGCGUCCCUUUGCAUCGCUGCAGUGGGUGCUGCAGAGAUGAGAGGCUCCAUUGUGUCCCAACGGAGACGACCAAUGUCACUAUGCAGCUGGUGAAGAUUAAUUCAGGGAAGCAGGUGCCUUAUGUGGAGUUGUCCUUUGUGGAGCACAGGAAAUGUGUCUGCAGGCCACGACAAGAAGCUCUGAAGUCAAAAAGGUGUGCUGUUUGAGAAAGACAGCUGCUUUGUCAGAAGAGGGCAGUGCCAGCAUGCCUGCAUUUUGUACUCAAUCCUCUUCCACACUCCUGAACACAUGAGCCAA